AGACGAACAAAAGAGCAUAUGAACAAUGACGAGGCAGCAGUACAUGCCAGCACUUGGUCACGAUAACACAUUAAUGUAGGAGUGCUUCGUCUCGCAAGAUUUUGGAGUGAACAACACAAUGGCGACCCACAACCAGGAAAUGACGCUGGAAUGUGAAGUGGCCGUUGUUGGAGGAGGAGUGAUGGGUUUCAGUGCCGCCCACUACCUCGCUGAAUACGGGCGCGAUACAGUGCUGAUGGACCAGUUUCCCCUACCACACACUCGCGGGUCGAGCGGAGGACACACCAGGAUCACCAGACUCGCCAACUACGGCGACCCCGCCCUUACGUCCAUCAUGAAGGACUCUUUUGACCGGUGGCUGCAGAUGGAGCAUCAGUCGGGCGUCAACCUCUUCAGACCAGCUCCCUUGCUGACUGUUGGCUCGAUGUCUUCGGAGAGCACUGGAAACGUACUGGAUAAUGUAAUGACAUCGAUUCAUGCCAGUGGAAGCACGCCAGAAGUGCUUGAUGUUGGUACGGCCAAUCAACGGUUUAGAACGAGUUUCCCUGACAAUUACAAAGCUGUUGUAGACCCAAGUGCAGGUGUGUUGAUGGCAGAUAAAUGUCUAAAGACGUUACAGAGCCUUUUCCUCAACAACGGCGGCCGGGUGUUGGACGGGUGGCCAGUGACUUCAGUCACCCCGGGCGAAACCGUGGAACUUCGAGGUCCUAAGGGCCGAGUGAAAGCCAAAGCCGCUGUGUUGUGUCCUGGUCCCUGGGCUGGUCCUCUCUUGGGAAGCCUUGGUGUCCAGAUACCUGUCAGAGCAGAGAAGAUUGGCGUCUAUUACUGGAAGGUCCGAGAUCCCAAGACACCAGUGUUUACGUUCAUUGACCUGAGUUGUUCUGACAAUCAUUUCUAUGCACUCCCAGACUUCGAGUACCCUGGAUACAUGAAGUUAUGCUACCAUGUUGGUCUGCGUACUGACCCCGACGAGCGAGAUAAGGUGGACAUGUCGACGGUGCAAAGGAGAACAGAGGAUUAUGUGAAAAAGUUCUUCCCUUGCCUCGAGCCCAAGCCUUCUGUUGUGGAAUCUUGCAUGUAUACAAUUACCCCUGAUAACAACUUUGUGUUGGACAGGCACCCUAAGUAUCAAAAUCUGGUAUUUGGUGCUGGAUUCUCGGGCACUGGAUACAAGAUCGCCCCAGCUUGCGGAGAAGCGCUGGCAAAAAUGGCACUGGGUUUACAACCUCAGCUUGAUUUCUCGUCAUUCACUCUUGGCAGAUUUUACAGGAGCAAGAUGUAAAGAAACUCUUGUAAUACUGCAUGUUAAUGGUAUUAUUAUUAUUUUUUUUUCAUGUUUAGAUGUAGAUUGAGGAAAAUGUACAGGAAGUAAAAAGUUGAAUGUUAAAAAUCGUCCAAUUCAUAUUGCAUGUCACCUAAGAAAACGGACAGAAAGAAGAAUUGUAUUCAUAGGAUAAGUUUAGCGAGGA